AUGGCAUACAAGAUGCUUGAUCCCAAGUGCACGGCACAGUCACUGUUAGAUGCGCACUGCGCAAUUCGCCACAAAACAAUGAUCACCUUCGCAGAGAACUUCAGGGCCUACGCCCCUGAAUCAGGAUACUCUGACAAGGAUCUAAUCGUCAAAAUUAGGGAACAACGGUCGACCCACAUCCAGAUGGUUAUGUCAGUAACAGAGACUCUAGACCUGUCAAAGAUUCCAACCACUUGGAUGGAUUAUCUCGAAUUCUGCCUGGAAAUAGAGAUCAAACACCUCCAGCAAAUUUCGGGAAAUAAGUCUACUGGACAAACCACUGUGACUAAGGUGGCCACCCCCAAAGACCCUAAUGCCAUGGACACAAGCGCAAGAAUCGCACAUGAACUUUUCCCUGAACAGGAUAGGUGGCUGGCAAACAAGCUAUGUAGCUCAGAAACAUCACCUCAAAUUGUGGCAUUGGAACAAGCAAUUGCUGCACUUCGUGGGAUGAGUAUCACCUCGACUACUUCACCAUCCAGCAAAGGCAAGGGCAAGGCGAAGGGCACAGACAUGGCAUCAAUGGCAUCGGCAUCUAUGGUCAAGGACACCAACGUGAGAAUCAUCGAGAUGGAUGAAUUCUCAGAGGAUUUUCAGUACAAAGUGUAG